GGAUCUUCUUAGAGUCUCUAAUGACGGGAGAGGAGAGGCGGUACGAGAAUCCACAUUUAUUGACAUUUAAACUGCUCCAUACAACUACUACUGCAUAGGAGCUGUAGGGCGUAGACGUUUUUUCGUCCAAGCAAAGUAAAUCGACAUCAGCAUCAUUCUUCGCUUAAGAUAAGUCAACCUUAGCGUUGUAAAGACUUAGGGUAAAACUAGCACACAUCAAGAAAAAGAAAAUGUCGCCGUCACAGAAGGAUCACUACGAUGCGUAUACGAAGAUGGAACUCUCAGGGCUCGAAUGCGAGCUAAAAGACUGGUUUCUUAGCAGGAGGUAAAGGAGCGGUUUCUUAGCAUUUGGACUGUACCCCAUAGCAGGAAGCUCAAUUUCUGAAAUUAUCACAUUACAGAUUUGGUCUAUGUGUUUGAAUUUUUAGAAAAGACGUUACUACCACUAUUACUACAGGUUAGAGAUGGAACGGGCCUUAUCCAUCAAGAAAGCGCUUGACGGAGCAAAUUUUACAGGUAGUAGAAAGCGCCUCCAAUCUAUGAUAGACAGUACAAUAGUCACAAUAAUAGAUAUUGAUAUUAUUUUAAGUACCUACAUGUGCUCGUUUUCACCAAGCAAUGCUCGUAUUCAUUUUCAUUUUCACCAAGGAAGUGGAACAACAACUGCUAAUCACAAUCUCUUUUGUACCCCGUGAUUGGGUAGACACCACCCCUACUUCUAUGAUGACCGUUGUUGCUACGACAGCGAACUAUUCACCCUAUAAAUAGCCCGAAACCAUUCAUACAACUCCCGUCACAACUAAAUAAUCUUCAUCACCUGUCACUUUUAUUCAAGACCCUAGCAUUCCACUCCCUACAGCUACAACAAGCGACUAUUCACCCUAAAUUAACCCGUAUCUUUCAGUUACAACUGUAAAAGAGGAGAAGAAGAAGCGCAUCUACCUAAUCAAAUCACUUAUACCACGCGAUUGGGUACACUUCUACUAAUACUAAUCCCCUCAAGAUAGAACAUCAUCAAUGGCCUCGAACGCGCACCCCCUCAUUGCAGGUGAGCCAACUCCUAUCCCAUCCUAUCCCAUCCUAUCCCAUCCUAUCCUAUCCCAUCCCAUCCUAUCCCAUCCUAUCCAUCAUCUAAACCCAUUCAAGGUCUGUCAUUGAACAAUUCAAGGUUUGUCUUUGAACAACGCGGCUCUGCCACCGACUCAGAGGGUAAUAUGGGGAGACCUGAUAUACGGAAAACCCAGUUUGGACAAGGACCUAUCAGAAAACGGAAAAGUAAUGAAAGCGGAUAUGUAUCUGAAAAUUAUGGAGUAGGGGAAAUUAAGUAAGAAGGUCUAGGUGGACUACAUCUACAGUGACACCUCAAAAAAAAAAAAACAUCACGAGCGACCUCUCUAAAAACUCGUUCCAGCAAGCAACGGACUUGGAUCAUGCAUGUCGUUUGCCGGGUUCCGCUUUUCUGAGGUGUCUUAAGGAGAAUGCAAGGUCCGCAGACUCGCAGACACCAUGCCAAGUUAUGCGUGAGCAGGUCAUUUGAUCCAUUUGAUUAUAACAGCAGUGGAACUUUUUCUUUUUCGAUUCUUGACUCAGAACAUGGUGAUUUGAUCUGCACAUUACUAAUGCAAGUAAGGUUAUCGUCUUAGUCUUCUCUGCUGAUUUCUCUAUGUAAGGUUCUUAGGAUCAAGUAAAAACAGGAGUUGUAUUUGACAUGAUAGAUUUAACUUCUAUUCUUUGGUGCCGGACCAUCAAAUUAACCAGAACGAAAAGGGAUUCUGAGAAGGACUUGGAUUUGGCCAUAGCCUAACCAUGGUGACCAUUCUGAAGAAGAACAGACUAUGUGAGUUUGACACAAUAUGACGCUCUUUGAGCACAUCAUCUCCCAGUUUAUACACAAGCCCUACUUCUUAAGUACUUACAUUGUUCAUUUUCAACGCUUUCGCGGCAUUUGAUACGUGUCGGAAAGGACUCAUUGCACGACAGGAGGAUGCCAGUCAGCGAGCGUUGAUGCGACAGGACAUUGGGGAUCACCGAGCAAAGGCCAUCUUCGAUUAAGGCCAGGUCAUCACUAUCCCUAUGCAUGAUUAGUUGGGAACGGUACAGUACUAUAUAUUACUACUACUAUUAAUAUCUACUACUAAGCUUAGAUAGGGCUAUUACUACUACUAGGCUUAGAUAGGGCUAUUACUACUACUAGGCUUAGAUAGGGCGAUUACUACUACUAGGCUUAGAUAGGGCGAUUACCACUACUAGGCUUAGAUAGGGCUCUCCAAUAGCUAUCCCAUGUGGACUAUGGGGUUUAAUUAAUGGGACACCAAAUUCUAGGGGGAAAAGCAAAGGGGAUGAAACUUACUCAACCGCAGGGAUAUUGAAAAACUAGCGCUAAAUCGAGCGUCGCAAUAUCCUUCUCGACACGGUUACUGCCAGUUGAAGUUGAAGUGAUCUCCUUUCCCUGAAGUUAAAGAGAAGGUUCAGAUUUUCCUUCUCUUGGAAUGCUUGCACUUAUUUUUUUGACAGACGCUCGUGCAUGCUCGUGGAAUUUACUGAACUUUCGACUUGCCCUUUCAUAUCUUCUUUGAAUCAACAGCAACAAGUUGUAAUGAACUCA